AUGGGUUGGCUAACGAGAUUUCUAGUAGCGGUGGCGUUUUUAGCCGCCGGAGUUAUAUUCUCACCGGAAUCAUUCGGAUCGUUGUCGAACGGAGAGAAUUCAGCGAGGCUUUUGAUCUUCCUGAAGCUAGCUCAUCUUCUCAGCUUCGCUACUGCUUGGGGAGCUGCUCUCUGGGCUACCUUCAUCGGCGGAAUCAUCAUGUUCAAGAAUUUGCCGAGGCAUCAGUUUGGUAAUCUUCAGAGCAAGAUGUUUCCAGCUUAUUUCACUUUGGUUGGUUCUUGUUGCGCAAUUUCGCUCUCUGCUUUUGGGUAUUUGCAGCCAUGGAAGUCAUCUUCUUCUACGGAGAAGUAUCAGUUAGGGUUUCUCCUAUCUGCUUUUGCUUUCAAUCUCACCAAUUUGCUUGUCUUCACUCCCAUGACCAUCGAUAUGAUGAAGCAAAGGCACAAAGUAGAGAGGGAAAACAACAUUGGAGAUGAAGUUGGUUGGUCCAAGAACAGAGAAAAGGCAAAGACUAUCCCAAAGCUAGCUGCCAUGAACAAGAAGUUUGGAAUGAUUCACGGGUUAUCGUCGCUCGCUAACAUCUUUUCAUUUGGAAGCCUUGCUAUGCAUUCUUGGUAUCUAGCAGGGAAGAUGGAUCUCUAA